AUGAUCAGUUUUGUCGGGAGUGAACGAGUUACUGAACGGCACCGCUCAUACGAGGAUGCAUUGGAGAGGGGACAAUGGAACAAAAAGGCGCAGUUCAUCUUCUCCAUUAUGGGCUCCUCCAUUGGGCUUGGAAAUGUUUGGAGGUUUCCAUAUUUGCUGUACAAAAAUGGCGGUGGGGCUUUCCUCAUUCCAUUUUUUAUCAUGCUGGUUGGCAUCGGCUAUCCCAUUUUCAGCAUGGAGUUAAAUUUAGGACAGUUUUCGAGUUUAGGACCUCUGGCCUGCUGGAAAGCGUGUCCAAUUUUUAAAGGUCGUAUUGGUUAUUCUAACGAGGUGAUAAACAUCAUCAUAGCAUUGUAUUACAAUGUCAUCGUCAGCUGGUGCAUCUUCUUCUUUUUCUCGUCAUUCUCAUGGGUUUUGCCCUGGACGAAUUGCGGUAAUCAUUGGAACACUCCGUACUGCAUAACAAUGAACGAACUGCGAGGGCUUUCUUCCAAUGAUUCCUUUGUAAGAAAUGGAACGGAGAUGGCGCGUGUUCAACUGAAAACUCCGAGUGAAGAAUAUUUUUACCGACACGUACUCCAGCUGUCGAAAGGCUUGGACGAUCCGGGAAAUGUUGUUUGGACGCUCUUUGGGUGCCUAGUAUUCAGCUGGCUCAUGAUCUACAUCGUCCUCAUCAAAGGAAUACAUUCACUUGGCAAAGUAGCUUACGUGACGUCCACAAUACCUUACGUCUUCCUAACCGUCUUGCUGGUGCGAGGCCUCAUGUUGGACGGAGCCAUGGAGGGCAUCAAGUUUUACAUCAUUCCAGACUUCAACAAGUUGUUGGAAAUAAAUGUGUGGUCAGACGCAGCAAUCCAGGUGUACUACUCGCUCAGUUCUUGCACUGGCAGCAUAAUCGCCAUGGCCAGUUACAACAACUUCCACAACAACAAUCUUUUCGACAUCUUCUUCGUACCUCUAAUUAACGUCUUCACGAGUCUUUACGCCGGCUUCGUCAUCUUCUCCUUUCUCGGCUACAUGGCCCACCUCAAAAACGUUACUGUCGCUACUGUAGCCGCCGACGGUCCAGGGCUGGUGUUUGUAGUGUACCCUGAAGGAUUGAGCACCAUGCCCGCUGCCCCCGUCUGGAGUGUCCUCUUCUUCCUCAUGAUGACCAACCUCGGCUGGAGUUCUAUGUACACAAUGACGGAGUCAGCUUUUGUCGCCUUCACGGACGAGUUCUCGAAACAUUUGAAGAAGUCAUUUUGGAAGACAUGCAUGUGGAGAGGUGGAAUUUUGAUAAUUGUCUGCUUGGUGACAAUCCCACAGCUUACUCAUGGAGGUUUCUACUUAUUCGCACUGGUGGAUGAAUUCACAGGUGGCCUACCUCUCCUACUCGUUGGUCUCAUCUUCGUUCUGGUUCUCAUGUUUGUAUAUGGAGAAAAGAAUUUUGAGUUGGACAUAAAGAUGAUGCUAGGCAGAAAACCACCUCUCUACUUCAAGAUCUGCUGGUGCUUCGUCACACCUCUUCUUCUAGCUGCAACGAGUUUGUUCUGCAUAAAAGAAUACCAACGACCCACUCUCUUCAACAAGUCUUACUUCUUCCCAAAAGUUGGGAUCCUGCUGGGUUGGCUCAUCGUGGCAGCCAUCGUCCUUCCCAUUCCUCUCUACUUUGUCUAUCAUGGGAUCCGUAUCUACAAACAUAAGCAUCGGGUUUGUCUGUCUCUUUCUAUGAUGUGCGUGUCUUGCAAUGUGUGUGUGUGUGUGUGUGUGUGUGUGUGCGGGUGUGUGUGUGUGUGCGGGUGUGUGUGA